CUUCCGAUCGAGGUGUGGGAGAAUGGGAUCAACCAUCUGUGGGACGACCAGCGUGCUUUGAGGCGGUGCAGCCUCGUCUGCCGAGCGUGGUACCCUCCCUGUCGCUUCCACUUGCGCAGGGACAUCAGGAUCAGGACUGUCAAGGGAGUG